AUGUCUGAAACUUAUUUGCUUCAAGAUGAAAUUCAUCCAGCAUCAUUAUUGGAUCCAGAUAAUCGGGAUCCAAUGCGAAUUAAUAAACAUCUUCAGCUUGAUUUUUUUAAUGUCAUUGCUGAACCUGAUGCAAGUGCUUAUAAUUUUGAAGUACUUCAUAAACUUUUACAACAAGUUUAUCAUUACAGUAAAAUUUUUAUUUAUCGUUUUCUAACGAUUCUUGUUGGUUUACCAUUAAUGUUUUUUUGGGGUCUUCUAUUUGGUAUUUAUACAUUCAUAAUGAUAUGGCUUGCUGUACCUAUUCGUCGAUUAUGUCAAUCAUUUAUUGCUGAAUCUGGACUUUAUAUUCAAACAAUUAGUGAUGCUCUUAUUGCACCAUUACAUCGUUCAAUGGGACAGAUAUUUUCUGGUAUUCGUGUAUCUCUUUCUAAACUAGAUAUUAAUUCAACAAAACAAAUUCAAGUGUAA